AUGAUGAGGAGGAAUCAUUAGAGAAUAUAAACACUCAUAAGAAUGAGUUUAAGAAUAAAAAGAUGAAAAGUAAGAUAAAAACAUUAGAAAAUGAGAGUAGCGAUGAAAAGAAAGCAUCAAAGAAUAUAGACACCCAGAAAAAUGAAAACAUUAAAGAUACAAUGGAAACAUCAAAAAAUGAGGAUAAUGAUAAGAAGAAAACAUCAAAGAAUGAGGACAGUGAUAAAAAGAAAGCAUCAAAGAAUGAGGAUAGUGGUAAGAAGAAAGCAUCAAAGAAUAUAAACACCCAAGAAAAUGAAGGCAUUAAAGAUACAGUGGAAACAUCAAAGACUGAGGAUAGUGAUAAGAAGAAAGCAUUAAAGAAUAUAAAUACCCAGAAAAAUAGAAACAUUAAAGAUAUGAUAGAAACAUUAAAGAAAGAGGAUAGUAAUAAGAAGAAAGCAUCAAAGAAUGAGGAUAGUGAUAAGAAGAAAACAUCAAAGAAUAUAAACAUCCAGCAAAAUGAAAACAUUAAAGAUACAAAGGAAACAUCAAAAAAUGAGGAUAGUGAUAAGAAGAAAGCAUCAAAGAAUAUAAACACCCAGAAAAAUGAAAACAUUAAAGAUACGGUGGAAACGAAGACUGGGGAUAGCGAUAAGAAGAAAAUAUUAAAGAAUAUAAACACCCAGAAAAAUGACAACAUUAAAGAAAGAAAGGAAACAUCAAAGAAUGAGGAUAGUGAUAAGAAGAAAACAUCAAAGAAUAUAAGUCCCCAGAAAAAUGACAACAUUAAAGAUACAAAGGAAACAUCAAAGAAUGAGGAUAGUGAUAAGAAGAAAGCAUCAAAGAAUAUAAACACCCAGCAAAAUGAAAACAUUGAAGAUACGAUGGAAACAUCAAAGACUGAGGAUAGUGAUAAGAAGAAAACAUUAAAGAAUAUAAACACCCAGAAAAAUGACAACAUUAAAGAAAGAAAGGAAACAUCAAAGAAUGAGGAUAAUGAUGAGAAAACAUUAAAGAAUUUAAGUCCCCAGAAAAAUGACAACAUUAAAGAUACAAAGGAAACAUCAAAGAACGAGAAUAGUGAUAAAAAGAAAGCAUCAAAGAAUAUAAACACCCAGAAAAAUGAAAACAUUAAAGAUACGGUGGAAAGAUCAAAGACUAAGGAUAAUAAUGAGAAAGAAGCAUUAGAAGACACUGAUAAAGAUGAGUUUGAGAAUGAAAAUAUGAAAACUAAAAUGGAAAUAUCAGAUAGUGAGGAUAAUGAUGAGGAGGAAUUAUUAGAGAAUAUAAACACUCAUAACAAUGAGAUUGAGAAUACAACUAUAAAAAGUAGGAUGGAAAUAUCAGAGUGUGAGGAUAAUGAUGAAGAAGAAUCCUCAGAGAAUACAAACUGCGAUGAAAAUGAGUUUGAGAAUGAAGACAUCAAAAUUAAGAUGGAAAUAUCAGAGAAUGAGGAUGAUGAUGAGGAGGAAUCAUUGGAGAAUAUAAACACUCACAAAAAUAAGUUCGACAAUGAUAGCAUUGAAGUAUUAUAUACAGGAAUGUUACAAGAAGAAAAUAUCGACGUAAAAAAGGAUAUAAAUAAAGAUACUUGUGAAUCUAAGGAUGAAAGAGACGAAUAUUGUAGUGAUGCAACAUAUUUAGCACGACAAAUGGAAUCGGCGGAGAAAUUAACUGGUUUAGACUCAGUCAAAUUAUAUAAGUUAUGCGUACAAUUGAGACAUACAGUGCCACCACAACACAAGAUUGAAACACGCGCAGGAUCUCAUACGCCAACGGCAGAAGAAAUAAAAAAGUUUGAAAAUAUAGUACCAAUUCGGAAAGGCUCAUAUUCCGCUGUUGAGGACGAUAUUAUUGUCGCCAAUUGGAAAGCAUUUUGUAAGAUACAUGAUUGGGAUAUAAAAAAAUUGAAACCAUUCUUACAAUUAAGGAUUGGCAAAUUGACAUACAUGCGUAAUACUACAGAAAGACGAAAAUUUGUACAAUUCUUAGCUGAUGGUCUACCAAAUAGGACUUUGUAUAGUGUUUACCAUAGAUUUAGAAAUUUAUAUGAAAAUAAUGUACAAAGAAGGUAUACAUCUGAAGAGGACGAAAUGAUUAUAGAUCAUCUAGAAAAUAACCCAUCUCUUGAAGAAAAAUGUAAAUAUGUUGACUUGGCUAAAGUUCUGAAAAGAACGAGACAUUCUAUUUGGCGGCGUUACAGAAUAUUAAAGAAAAAAAAUAAGAAACGGAAGAAUGCAUGAUGAAUUACUUAACUUAAGUAAACGUAAGAUUAUUUUAUGUAUUAUUUUAAAUAACGUAAGAUUAUUUUAUAUCAGUUAAGAAAAAACAUCUAUUUUGAUAUAGUGUGAAAAUAAAUCAUAUUUUAUGCUUA